UUUGAUCCAGAAGAGUGCAACUUGUCAUUGAAUCACAUAGUUCAGUCUCAUAAACUCGGACCAGAUGGAGGUAACUCACUCAUGCUGUACGUGAGAUGAUGAAUGUGAAUAUUUGAAGGUUUAGUCUACAUAAAAUUCCAUAAACCUUUCAUUACUUCACUCAAGCAAAGUAUUUGCUCUAGUUGAGUCUCAUUCUCACAUACAGUAACUGUAGAAUAUCCAUGGGGAUCUGAGCAUCCAUCUCCUCAGAUGGGUAUUGAAUGUGUGUGAAGUUCUCAGAAGCAACUGAUGGCAAAAAUGUGUUUUUAGAUAUUCUGUUAAUCCAGGAAAUGGUGAGGAUCAGCUUGAUAAAUAGUUUGAUCAGGGCAGGCACAAGACUGACCUCUGAUCACACCAAUCCAGUAAAUCCUUUUGAAAUUUGGACUUUAAAUAAUCAAAUUGAUUUUUGUUCAGAGCUCUCUAGCAGGUGAUCUGUAUGGUAGUGUGGUUGCUUCACUCUAGUGACAAAUGAAUCGUUGUCACAGGCCUUUCUGAGACAGAUUAACAAAUGUGGAAUUAAUACAAUAAAUACAAAAAGUGUGCUGCUCUUUGAAGUAAAUAAUAUGACAUUAAAUGAAUAGAUUUACUGAACUCUAUCAUCUGAAGUCAGGAAUCAUUACUGAUCACAAAACUGUUCUGUGAUGUAAAACAAAAUCAUGUUUGUUAGGAAGCUCAUGUAAACAAGAUACUCUUGUAAAAGUGACUGAUCUGAAUCUACAGUGUUUCAAACAUUGUCUUUCUCAUAACAACAAUCAUUUGAAUUUCUUAAGUAAUUUUAACAAAAGUGCUGAUGUAAAGCCAAGACUUUCUGUAUGCUUCAGAAGAAGAAAGAUUCAACUAAGUGUGUAUAAUGAUACUGAUUUAAUAAACCUAUAAUGUAUAAAAUGUAACUUAGUGUAUAUGUGUGUUUUUUCUCCUUUUCUGUAUGUGGAGGUUUGUCCAAGUAGCCUAUUUUCCCAACUUUGUUUACGAUCCAGCGUAACAGCAUGAUGUCUGACUGUUUACUCCACAAACAUUUUGGGGGGAAAGUCCUAAACAAUAAUUAACUGAUUUGGAUCUGAACUAGACUCUUAGCUCCAAUUUUUCAUGGGAUGAUUUCACUCCUGACAAAAUGUGCAUCAGUUAUCUUGGAUUUGUUCUUCUGAUCUGGUUUCCUGGAGCGCUACAUGGACAAAGCGCACCACAGUCCUGCAGUGCUCCCAGCCUGGAUGGUGGUUUCUUCGCCCCAAAGCAAGAGACUUAUCCUCAUGGAGCACAGCUGGCCUAUACCUGUGGUACUGGACGUAAAGCAACAGUGAAGGGAUGGUGGGCAACAAGCACAUGUCAAAAUGGCAAAUGGUCUCAUGAACUACAAUGUAUAGAUGAAAAAGCCUGCAUUCCACCAACUAUCCCCAAUGCAAAAUACACUGAAAACUCAAAUGGUUGGUAUGAAGAAGGACACAUAAUAAGAAUAACAUGUGACAAAGGAUAUCAAGAUAAAAACCAGGAUGCCACCGCUGAAUGUAUAAAUGGAACAUGGUCCUCUGUGCCGGUCUGUGAGAAAAGUAUCCAAGCAUGCGGUGCGCCUCCUAAAAUCCCCCACGCAGUAAUCAUUAAUCAGGAAUACCAGGAUGUGUUUGCUGCAGAUUCAGAAGUCAAGUAUGAAUGUGAAGAUGGAUUUACUGUAGAAGGAGCAUACACCAAAAAAACCAUCAUUUGUAUUGCUGGAAACUGGACUACAGGCCCACCGUGCAGAUCUUCUACCACUUCUGACAGAGACAGUAGACCUCUAUUCACAACAAUCGACAAUUGUGGAGACCACCCGAGUGUUCCACAUGGUGAUGUUGUGGUAAAGGAACAAAUUUAUUUGAAAUACCAGUGUCAGAAGUAUUACAAAAGGGAGGGACCAGAGACAGUGGUGUGUCACAACGAUGGUACUUGGUCAAAACUACCCGUCUGCAAAGGAUCUUCUACCACUUCUGACAGAGACAGUAGACCUCUAUUCACAACAAUUGACAAUUGUGGAGACCACCCUAAUGUUCCACAUGGUGAUGUUGUGGUAACGGAACAAAUGUAUUUGAAAUACCAGUGUCAGAAUGAUUACAAAUACGAGGGACCAGAGACAGUGGUGUGUCACAACGAUGGUACUUGGUCAAAACUACCCGUCUGCAAAGGAUCUUCUACCACUUCUGACAGAGACAGUAGACCUCUAUUCACAACAAUCGACAAUUGUGGAGACCACCCGAGUGUUCCACAUGGUGAUGUUGUGGUAAAGGAACAAAUUUAUUUGAAAUACCAGUGUCAGAAGUAUUACAAAAGGGAGGGACCAGAGACAGUGGUGUGUCACAACGAUGGUACUUGGUCAAAACUACCCGUCUGCAAAGGAUCUUCUACCACUUCUGACAGAGACAGUAGACCUCUAUUCACAACAAUUGACAAUUGUGGAGACCACCCUAAUGUUCCACAUGGUGAUGUUGUGGUAACGGAACAAAUGUAUUUGAAAUACCAGUGUCAGAAUGAUUACAAAUACGAGGGACCAGAGACAGUGGUGUGUCACAACGAUGGUACUUGGUCAAAACUACCCGUCUGCAAAGGAUCUUCUACCACUUCUGACAGAGACAGUAGACCUCUAUUCACAACAAUCGACAAUUGUGGAGACCACCCAAGUGUUCCACAUGGUGAUGUUGUGGUAAAGGAACAAAUUUAUUUGAAAUACCAGUGUCAGAAGUAUUACAAAAGGGAGGGACCAGAGACAGUGGUGUGUCACAACGAUGGUACUUGGUCAAAACUACCCGUCUGCAAAGAGUCAUCCUGUGUCCUCAAUCCUGAUGAAUUGGUUGGGAGAGGUUUUAAACUUUCUGGAGUUCAAUACAUGACGGAAGGAGGGGAGACGUUCAUUUCUUGUGGUCAGGAUAGUUACAGCUUGUUUCGAUGCACUAAUAGACAGAUUAGUUUUACUGCGUGUUGUACUGGUUAUUAUCACCAACAAGGACUGUGCUCGGCACGAUGGCCACUUUUUGGAUAAUUCAUCACCAACUGACAUCAAAAAUCAAGUUGGAAACUUUUGAAAUAUUUCCACCAGAAAACAACUGCACCCAAAAAAAAUUGUAUUUGAUUUUUUUCAAACACGUUAUUGAUGUUUUUUCAUUUUGAAUUAAAAUAUAUAAACACAGUGUUAAAGCAGAUUGUUCUGAGACUAUCAGCUGUAACGUAUGACUGGAGCUCUAACACACUAAUAAUAUGAUCAAUACUUUAAAUACAUAAAUAAAAUGUUUAUGACCUACAAUUGUCUGAAUAAAAUUCUCCAUAGAAAUUUAAACACAGACUUUUGUAUUAUUUUGUCUACAAACUGUGUACAACAGUCAUGCCAGUAAAUAUGGAUAUAUCAGUAAGUAUUGUUCUUCUUAUAUUUAUAUAUGUGAGGCAGCAUCACUGCAGAGUAUGCAGACACUUGGACAGACAGACUCACAAAGUUGUUCAAAGUAGUUUAAAACAGAAAGCACAGCUGUCCAAAAACAAUUUACAGUCUGUCUGGUUUUCCAUAUAAAACCAUGUGUGACGUUGUGAACGGAGAAUGUGGUGACCGCUGGACCUCAAAAAUGUCAAUUCAACUUAAAUGAGACACAAUCUCUCCUUGACGACAUAUUCGUGUUUGAUUACUUAAAGAUCUUCCCCCAAACAUGUUUUAAGACAAAUAAAAAUACUCUGCUCUUAAUAAUUGUGUCUGAUAUGAUUUUUCCACAAACAUCUAGGUAACUAAAGUUCUUAAAGUUACAUCUCCUCCUUCAUCCUUUAUU